UGUUUCUUUUUUCUUUUUUCUUUUGGAGCGAAGCUAUCCACAUAUUUGAUGGAAAAAUGCAUAAAAUGAACAAAGAAUAAUAAAGUCGAAAAUAAGCUGAAAGAUCAAUAUUGAUUCACCGAAAACUCCAACGGAUUCUACUUCAUAUUUCUGUUCCUUCACGUCUUUGAUGAUCACGAUUCAUCCUUGAGGACCUUGACUUUCCGUAUACAACCCUCAAUCCAAAUAAAUAAAUCUUUAAAAAAACCUCUGAAACCAGCUGCUGCUUGACUGAAGAUGAGCAAUUUGAGGGCGGUGUGUAGGCCCCACGCCGUGUUCUCUUCCAUGGCGUGCUUUUACAGAUCCAUGGCCAGCGUUUCGUCGUUCCAACACCAUUGCUGUAGCUUGAGACCUCCGCUGUCUUCACAGUCGUCCUCAAUUUUCGCUGUGUGGUUCGAUCGAUUGGGAGAGGAGAGAAAGCACGAACCGCGAGUGAGGCCAAAUCGCCAAAGGAGAAUGGUGGCCACCAAGGCUUCCAACUGGAUGGACUCCAGAUCGCCUUACGAAACUCUGGAACUGGAAAGGGAUGCAGAAGAUGAGGAAAUUAAGGUAGCCUACAGGCGCUUGGCUAAGUUCUAUCAUCCUGAUGUUUACGAUGGGAGAGGGACCUUAGAUGAAGGUGAAACUGCUGAAACUCGAUUUAUAAAGAUUCAGGCUGCAUAUGAGCUUCUUAUCGAUGAGGAGAAGCGGAGGCAAUACGACAGUGACAAUCGUGUGAACCCAAUGAAGGCUUCUCAAGCAUGGAUGGAGUGGCUUAUGAAGAAAAGGAAAGCAUUUGACCAGAGAGGUGACAUGGCAAUUGCAGCUUGGGCCGAACAACAGCAGCGUGAAUUGAACCUCCGAGCACGCCGCCUUGCUCGCUCAAAGAUUGAUCCCGAAGAAGAAAGGAAGAUACUGGUGAAAGAGAAAAAGGCAUCUGUGGAGAACUUCAACAACACUUUGAGGAGGCACACGCUUGUCCUUAGAAAAAGAGAUCUAAUGCGUAAAAAAGCCGAUGAAGAUAAGAAAAAGCUCAUCGGCCAGCUUUUAGAGGCAGAGGGCCUUGAACUUGCAAAUGAUGAAGAUGAAAAUUCAAUUGGAAGAGUAGAUGUGAUUGAAGGUGAAAUCGGAGGAAUUGGCAAUAUUAAAGCAGUUAAUCUCGGAGGCUGGCUUGUUACAGAAGGUUGGAUCAAACCAUCCCUUUUUGAUGGCAUUCCGAACAAAGACUUAUUGGAUGGAACAAAUCUACAGCUGAAAUCAGUUACAGUGGGAAAAUAUCUAUGCGCGGAGAAUGGAGGAGGUAGCAUUAUAGUUGCAAACCGAACUUCUGCCUCUGCUUGGGAAACAUUCACAUUAUGGAGAAUAAACGCAACGACAUUCAACUUUAGAGUUUUCAACAAGCAAUUCGUGGGAUUGAAGAGUAAAGACAACUCAAAUGUGGUAGUUGCUAAUGGCUUUGCUGUGGAGCCCUUUGAAAUUCACAGGGAUCCUCGAAAUUCAAGCCGCGUUCGGAUUAAAGCCUCCAAUGGCUUUUUCUUCCAGGUGAAAUCGGAAGAAUUGGUGAGCGCAGAUUAUGAAGGAGAAGGUGAAUGGAGGGACGACAACCCCUCUGUUUUCCUGUUGACAAUAAGCAAACAAUUUCAAGGAGAAUAUCAAAUUACUAAUGGUUAUGGUCCAGUCCGCGCACCUCAAGUUAUGAAGGAACAUUGGAACACAUAUAUUGUGGAAGAGGAUUUCAAGUUCAUAAAGAGUAAUGGUUUAGAUGGUGUUAGAAUUCCAGUGGGCUGGUGGAUGGCCUACGAUCCUUUUCCCCCAAACCCAUUUGUUGGUGGAUCUUUAGCAGCUCUCGACAAUGCUUUCAACUGGGCUGACAAAUAUGGGAUAAAGGUAAUUAUUGAUCUACAUGCUGCACCCGGUUCACAAAAUGGCUGGGAGCACAGUGGCUCUAAAGAUGGAUCAAUAGAAUGGGGCCAAACAGAUGACAAUAUUCGACAAACCGUCCACGUAAUAGAAUUUUUAACUGCUCGAUAUGCCAAGAGACCAAGUCUAUACGCGGUGGAAUUAAUGAACGAGCCCCUCUCUCCUGGGGUGUCUUUACAAAACUUAACCAAAUUCUACAAAGCUGGUUACAAUGCUGUACGGAAGCACUCCCGUACGGCCUAUGUGAUAAUGUGCAACAGAUUGGGAGUAAACGAACCAAGAGAACUAUUCAGUGUUGCAAAAAGAAUGAAUAGAUCUGUCAUUGACGUGCAUUUCUAUAACCUCUGGGGUAAUUUUAGCCAACUCACCGUGGAACAGAACAUUGAGUAUAUCUACAAGAACCGGACAGCAGAGUUGAAGCAGCUUCAAACCUCCAAAGGAAGUGGUCCUCAAAUUUUUGUGGGAGAAUGGGUAGCAGAGUUGGCAAUUAACAAUGCGACUGAGAGUGAGAUUCGAAGAUACGGUGAAGCUCAACUGCAAGUGUACGGAAAUGAGACAACUUUUGGGUGGGCAUAUUGGACUCUGAAGAAUGUCAAUAAGCACUGGAGUUUGGAAUGGAUGAUCAACAAUGGAUACAUCAAGCUUUGAAUUUCUUUCUCAUUAAUUAACGUCCACAUUUUUCCUCUACUUGUUGGACGAGAAACUCAAUAAAAUUUCACGUAUGUAGGCGCAUUUUGUUAAGUUUAUUAUGUCCUCAGUUUUUCUUAUUAAUUAAUAGUGUCUGUUAUCGUCUUCUCGAUUUUUUCUGCUAUGUUUGUUUGGGGCUCUAAUAU